AGGAGGAGCCGGAAGAGACAACAACGGAUCCCAGUUCACAGACAGUUGAGACCGACUUUAAAAUAUCCGGGCCCCCGAGCUUAUUUUUAUUUGUGUUCGGGACAUGGCCAGGCCGGGCCUGGGGCUGGGCAGGAUCCUCCUGCGCUCGCUAGGAUUCAGGGCCGUUUGCAGCUCCAGUCUCACCGAGCAGGCCCAACUUCUGCUGAACAAUCCGCGGACCCGGCCUGUCAGAGUAGAACCAGACCUGAAUAGUUUUGCCUUUCGGACUCAUACUUGUGGGGAGCUGGGUACCGCUCACAUCGGUCAAGAGGUCAGACUCUGUGGCUGGGUUCAGUACCAGAGACAGGAUAUCUUUAUUGUGCUGAGAGAUUUUGAUGGAUUAACGCAAAUUGUUAUACCACAGGAGAAGUCCACUGCACACCUCCAGAAGAUAUUGUGUGAACUUCCUCUUGAAUCUGUAAUUACUGUCACUGGAACAGUCAUCCCCCGACCACCAGGACAAGCCAAUUUGGAAAUGCCAACAGGUAAGAUUGAAGUGCGAAUGCAGCAUGCUGAAAUUCUGAACAGAUGCAGGAAGCUGCCUUUUGAAACCAAAGAGCUUGUAAAGAAAUCGGAAGCACUGCGUAUGCAGCAUCGCUACCUAGACCUGAGGAGCUCCCAGAUGCAGUACAGCUUGCGACUGCGCUCCCAGAUGGUCAUGAGGAUGCGAGAGUAUCUCUGUAAUUUACACGGUUUUGUAGAUGUGGAAACUCCAACAUUAUUUAAGAAAACUCCUGGGGGAGCCAAGGAGUUUGUGGUGCCCUCAAGGGAGCCGGGCAAGUUUUACUGUCUCCCACAGAGUCCUCAACAAUUCAAGCAGCUGUUGAUGGUGGGAGGACUGGAUAGGUACUUCCAAGUGGCUCGCUGUUAUAGAGAUGAGGGCGCAAAGCCAGACCGACAACCUGAGUUUACCCAGAUCGAUAUUGAGAUGUCCUUUGUAGACCAGGCAAGGAUUCAGAAGCUGAUUGAAGGGCUGAUAGAGUACUCCUGGCCAGAGGAAAAAGGAGACAUUGAAACACCCUUCCCAUCAAUGACUUAUGCAGAGGCCAUGGACAGUUAUGGCGUUGACAAGCCGGAUACUCGAUUUGGAAUGAAGAUUAUUGACAUCAGUGAAGUGUUCAGAAAUACAGAGAUUUCUUUCCUGCGUGAUAUACUGUCCCACCCAUGUGGUGCUGUACGAGUGAUCUCAGUUGCUGAUGGGGCGAAAUACUUGAAAAAGAAGGAUUUAGAAAAUCUUACUAAAUUGGCAAAAGCUCAGUUUAAUCAGGACUUGACUUUUGUUAUGCUGCAACCCGAUGGUACAUGGAAAUCUACAAUUGCCAAAAUCCUUACAGAUGUAGAGAAAUUGCAGCUAUGUCAUGCAACAAAUCUCCAAAAAGGCGAUGUGCUGAUUCUCACGGCAGGAGAUCGGAUAAAGGCAAAUGCUGCAUUAGGGAAGUUGCGGCUGGAGUGUGCGGAUAUUCUAGAGUCCAGGGAUGUCACCCUCAGAGAUCCAAGUAUAUUCAAUUUCCUCUGGAUCGUCGAUUUCCCGCUGUUCCUACCAAAAGAAAACAGCCCUGAAGAAUUUGAAUCUGCUCAUCACCCCUUCACAGCUCCCCAUCCAGAUGAUGCCCAUCUCAUCUACACAGAGCCUGGCAAGGUGAGGAGUCAACAUUAUGACCUAGUGUUAAAUGGCAAUGAAAUUGGAGGAGGCUCCAUUCGAAUACAUAAUAAGGAAUUGCAGCAUUACGUAUUGGAGACAAUACUAAAGGAAGACAGUGGGUUGUUAUCACAUCUACUUGAAGCACUAGAUUCUGGAGCACCACCCCAUGGUGGGAUUGCAUUGGGUCUGGACAGACUGAUAGCUCUUACAGUUGGAGCAUCGAGCAUCAGGGAUGUAAUUGCUUUUCCUAAAUCCUCUAGAGGCUGUGAUAUAAUGAGUAAUGCACCAGACUAUGUGAGUCCUGAAGAGCUGAGCCCAUAUCAUAUUCAGGUCAACUGGCCAGCAGGAAUCCAUGAGGACACUAGUAAAUCAUGAGUUAGUACAGAGACUGGUAACAUUUAGAAGUAAAAAUGCACUGACAUUUGGAUUUUAUUACCAUUUCUGUGGCUUGGGACCCACAAAAUCACUGAAGACUGGUGAAUCUGGAGCAGCUCUCUGGUGUGGUGUUGGUCAGUCACUUUGUUGCUUAAUGUGUAUGUUGAUCAAAUUGUAGUCUGUUAUUAAUGUUUCAAAUUAUUGGUAAUUAGUUAAAUAAAUUACUAGAAAAUUUUUGCUUUUUCUUAAAAAAAAAGGGAAACUACUUUCAGACUAAAGGAAUUUUGCCUUGUAAAUAUACUAGAUGACUUGGGUCCUGCUGAAGAGCUGGCACUACAUCCCAUGCAGGUUAGGAGGAUAGUAGUAAAUUACUCUCUUCACUUCAGUCCCUGAAAGUAGGUAACAUGAUUUCAGCCGGAAGGAUCCCUCUGCAAGCUUUUGUAUUCAGUCUACUUAUUAAAGGAGAGAAAACCAUCAGGUAAUUUUGCUAUUAUUUCUCCUCUUUCACUGUGGGAAUAAUAGCAAUGUUAUUUUAAUUAUUAUAGCAUAAAUAAUCCCUGUACUCCCACAUCCUUAAUUUGAGUCAAACUGUACUCCUUGACUACAUUCCAACCACAUAUUCAUGCAUCACUAUAGCCGCCUAUUUCCACCUGCAUAACUUUGCCAAACUCCACCCCUACCUCACCUCAUCUGAUGCUGAAAUCCUCAUCCAUGUCUUUGUUACCUCCAGACUAACCAAACUCCUGGUUGACUUCCCAGGUUCUACCCUCCAUAAAGUUGAGGUCAUCCAAAACUCUGCUGCCCAUGCCCUAUAACUUGCACAAACUCUGGUUCACCUAUUCCUCUGUGCUCAUUGACCUACACUACUUCACAGUUAAGCCAUGUCUCUUAAAAUUCUCAUUCAUAUUUUCAAAACACUCCAUGGGCUUGCCUGUCCCUAUCUCUGUAAUCUCCUCAUGUGCUCCUCUGAUUCCAACCCCUUGAGCUAUGCCUUCAGCUGCCUAGGCCCUGAGCUCUAAUUCCCUUCCUACAUCUCACCACCACUCUUUUCUUCCUUAAUGACCAAGCUUUUGGUGAUCUGUCUUGAGGCCUGUGCUUCCCCAUUUUUGUGAGAAAAAAAUUAUUUUUCCCUCAGUAGAAUUCACAUAGAUUCCCAUGAUAGUUUUUAUGAAUAUGAGAAAUUAACCUUUACUAUGUGAUCAUAGAAGGAGGAAGGCAAGAUUCUGGGUAAUUACCAACAGGGUAUGUAACUGUCUGGGGUGGGGUUUGCAACAUUUUUCUGUACAAUAAAAUAAAAAUGUUGAGGAAACAAAUGCAUUAACAGCAUAGUAAUCAAAUUUUGUUAACAUUAGAGGUUCUUGAUGCUUCCUGCCCAGGUCCUGGGGCCGGAUUUUAUUCUCCCCUGCCAGUGGGUUUGAAGGGGUUUGGUGGGGGGGGGCAUAUAAAUCCAGCAAGUGGCCUUCCUGCCGCCCACCAGCCCACCUUCCAAUGUCUGAAAUUUUACAGGGGGUGGAGGAGGCGUUGGCCUACCUUUGAACCUAUUGAAGCCACUUAAGAGCCUCAACCUGCCCCAACAGCUUUAUCUACAUGGGCUGAUGUUGGGCAAGGGGGUAGGGUGGGGUAACCUCCCCUGGGGGCACCACUCCCACCUAAUUUUCAAAUUCCUGCAUGCUGGCUUUUAAUGUCCUAGUGAGUUUAGCAGUUGGUUUUAAAAAAAACAAGCUGUCAGAAAUUCUGGUUACUAGAGAAUUCCAGCCUUUAAAACUUGGCACCCCAUCCCUCUCACUGACACCCCUGACCCUGGAAUUUCCUUGGCUUCUGGGGGUGGUGGGAUUGCCUGUAUGCCCUGCCAUGGCCACCAAUCCUGAUGCUGCUAGGACGACAGAACUGCCAGCCAUCUGAUUGGUCCCUGGUGUCUGAGAGUGGCCAUGAUGGGAACAAAGGCACAGGAUGCUUACUUGGCCUCUCAGCUGAGGAGCAUAUGCAAAAGGAAUAGAGUGCCUUAUAUAAAACAUGGGUCAUCCCCACUGCUAAAAACAUGAAUAUCUGUUAAAAAUAUUACUUCCAAAUAAUGUAUCAUAAGUGAUAAAUGUAAUAUGAUUUCA